AUGAAGGUACGUGAACACUCACAUCCACUAAAGCUCAUUGAUUUGCAACUACAAUAUGAAGAAGAAGAGGAGGAUGAAGAAGAAGAUGAGGGUGGUUAUCCGAUUACAAAAAAAGUGGGCUUUGGAGGUGUCACAUGUUGGACGUGUAGGGAAGAAAUCCAUAUGUACCACAGGUACUACUACAAAUGUAUUAUGGCUAUUGGAGAUUCAUCAUCAUCAUCAUCAUCAUCAUGUAAUUAUUUCUCACAUCACAAAUUCUGUGGUGAGCUCCCAUCAAGGUUAGAACACCCAUCACAUACUCUUCACCUGCUACGAUUUCCAUAUUCACUUGCAGAUUCAUAUCGUUGGGUAUGCAAUUUUUGUAAGAGAAAUAACAAGCCUGGAGAACUAUUAUACCAAUGUGUUAUAUGUGAUUUCCACAUUGAUCUCAAGUGUGUUGUGGAAGUAGGAAAAAAUGUGAUCCAUCAUCCAUGCCACCCUCACUCGCUCAUGUGUAAAAUCACAGAACCCAUUUUGUGUUGCUGCAAGGCUUGUGGGAAAAGACAUGAAGGGAUCUUCUUUCAAUGUACCAUUUGUACUAACUUCACAAUACAUUGUGAAUGUGCUUUCCUACCAGAAAAAUUGUUCAUCCAAGAAAGAACACCAAAUCAUUCUAUUUAUCAUAUCCAUCGCCUCACCAUUUCAUAUUCCUUCCCCUUGAAAGAUCAAAAAGCUAAACAUUUUCCCAGAUGCAGAGUAUGUGGUGGUGAUUUUGUAGGUAAGGAUGAUCUUUGGAUUUACAAAUGCGAUAAAUGUCUCUACUAUGCCCAUCUGGAUUGCGUAAGAAUGCCCCCUCCAACUGCCGGUUUUGGCAAAACCAUUAAAAAUUAUGAAGAUGUUAACCAUCCUGGUCUUCUCCAUCUCCCAUUCCCUGAUGAAACAUACAGCCUACCAAAACACUACUUGUUUUUCCAACAAACCACUACUGAUCAUCAUCAUCAUCAUAAGAUUAAGGUAGAUGAUCGCCUAACACACAAGAGUCAUCAACACCCUCUGAUUCUAGUUGAUCAUGGGCAAACCUCCUCCUCCUCCUCCUCCUCCUCAAAUUAUUUGUUAUUAAUAAAGUGUCAUGACCCAAUGAAAAAGACCCAACUGCUAUGCAACGGAUGUCUCAGACCAAUCAUGUCCACCAUGCCUUUUUACAAAUGCCCUUAA